GCUUUUGAUGCUGAGCUGGCAGCGGAACUUGUUUAUGUAGUGCAGCCACAGCUAGUGAAGCAGUGCCCAGGCCUCGGCGAGACAUUCUGCGCAUUCCUGGAGGACGUUACAGCAAAUCUAUUUAGUGUAAUUUCCUAUAAUUAGAUAGUGACACAGGUGUCGCAAUUACUUCACUGGUUAUCACAUAGGGAGAGGCCCUGGUCAACUGCCAGACUUUCACUGAGCAUUCUCACCUGCCGCGACUGGUCAUCAAUAUGUCCACCCAGAGGUGCCCUCACUGUGGACGAGAGUUCAAGGAGCUGCGCCUGCAUCUCCUUCGCAACCCCUAUGGCUGCAAGGGUGUUAUCGAGUCAACGCUGCCUGGCUGCUGCGUUGCCGGUGGAGACGUCGCCAACAAUGAUAAAUUAUUCACAGACAAUGAGCCAGUACUGGUGGUGAAUGUGGAAUGCCGGCAGAGUGUUCCUCUUGACGAGCCAUCAAUUGGCACGUUCGAGAUGGGCGUCUCAUACCUUGACCACCUAGACAAGUAUGCAGAGGCAAAUAGUGAAAAGCCACCUGAGAAAAGUUUGUCUUCAGAGGUGGAGACCUUCCUCGCGGCGAACCUCUCGGGUUGCAAGCUCCAGGAGUUUUUGCGCCUGUUCAAGCAGUUUCCAGGCGAGGCCUACACCCCAUCUGCAGAUACUUUGAAGGGUAUCUACAAUUCUUUGUGGGACUACCACCUCUGUGUACCACUCACAUGCAGGACGCAAGCAAGGGACAUUAGACAGUAUGGCAUGACCGACCUGACCACAACCGGCCCAAAAGAAAGCUAUGUCAAAACCCUGUGGGCCAGCUACCAAUUCACCAACAAGAAAAUGGAGACCAUACAGCAGCAGGUUACCAGCAAGCUCAACAUUGUCACGGCCAGGGGGGCUGCACACGAUGACGAAUACGAGAGCAACUGCCUGGCGGAGUGGCCAGCCAGCCGCAUCAUUCGGCUGCAUACCGCUGGAGACAGUGCUGCAGCGGGUUUGCAUUGUCUGGUUGUGACUGGUAACAGCAAGGGUGGGCACACAGCUGCCGAGCUGAACCCUAAGUUUGUCUUGAAUGACCUGGUGGGGUUGCCCCCAGAUGACCUGAUUCCUGUUGUGAGUGAGGAGGUGAUGGAUGAGCAGCAGCACCACUGGCAGCAGCACCAGCAGGAUGUUUGCGGUGGUGGGCAGGCAGAGCCUCCUCGGCGGGAAGUAUCGGUGGAAGCCACAGUUAGAUGGCCUUUGCCUGAGCGGGCUGCAGCAGUCAUAGUCCCACUGAUGCUGGCGGCGGCUGAGGCGACUACUGCUCAUGCUAUUUUCCGCGCCUUGAUGACGAUGUGUUCCCAUUACGACCUUCAAGGGACCCUGAGGCACAUCAAGGUCGAGGAUGCCCUCUACUGCUUGAAGGCGGGCAAAUGUUUUAUUCUGGGCAUAUCACGGGAUCUGCAUCUGUGA